AGUCAAUGAAAAAAGCGCUGUGUCAAACAUGUGCACAACGGAGAGUAGCGAGCGCUCGGUGUGUGUAGCGUGAUAAAUGUGUGUAUGACAUUUUAUCUCAGAGGGAAGAUAUCUUGGAUAAUAGCCAAUAAAAUGACUUUAUGGGUAACAUUGUAUGUUUACUCGCUGUAAAACAUUCGCCGCCAACUAUCUCGUUGGUGUUCGCAGAGUGAAUGGUAUAAGUCCUCCGUGUCUUCUUUGCAAAGUGUACAAACGUUGUCAACAUGGCGGACGACGACUUGCUCGUCACGAUUUCGGGCGCGGCGCUAUCACUGCUGUUUUUCGAGAAUGUGCGCAGCGUCAGUGAUCAGAUGGGGUUUCUCCUCGGUGAGGCUCUCGAAUUCGUUAUUAGGAGCUACACCGACUCUGACAACCAGGUGGAAACCGUCAAAAUUCAUAUCAAUGUGGAAGCUAUUGUCACAUGCCCUCUGCUCGAUAUCCUGCAUAAUUCCACUGGGCGUAUCAAUAAAGAACGGUUGAAGGAUUUUGUGAGCGAUAAGAGCAAGCAUGUGAUUGGUUGGUUUCGCUUUCGCCGAAGCUCCAGUGAUCUAAUUCCCAGUCUUAAGGACAGACUGCUGCAUAAGCAAUUUGCCUCGCAUUUUUCGGGCGGGAAUAGUUGCAAAGAAGAGUUCUUCCUCACCUGCCUCCUGAACACUUGCACCUCUGAUAAGCAGGGUACACACAAAUUCCGGCAUGUAUUUCUCAGACGCAAGAGAGGAAUAUUUGAACCAAUACCUCUGAGGAUAAGUAAUCUCGGAGACGAUGCGUCCAGACACGAUGGCUCGGAUUACAAGCCAACACCUGCCAGGAAAUCAGAACGCACACCGGAUGGCUUUACCGAGUUGAUAGAAUCGUUGAAUCUGGAUCUAACGAGAACCGGGGGAUUAGCCUCUGCCAUGACGAUCCAACGGGAGGCCGAGCGUCACUUGGUCUCGCUGAUUCCGAAGGUGUGCGAAUCGGACGUGGAGGUGGCCACAUUGGAGCAGCAGGUGCGUGAAUUACGAGCGAAAGUGACUGCACAGCGACGGGUCAAAAUGUCGACGAUCAAUGGCGAAAAUUGCGCCGAAGGUACAAAGGACAACUCUCUCUCGAUGGAGAAGACCGAAACGACCAAGUUCGGCAACGAUGCGCCGCAUCCGCAUAGCGAAAACAAUCCAACGUCCCAUGUCCAACAGUCGCUCUCUUCCCAACGCGCACCCCAUCGUAACACCGCAGCUUGCAUCGCCAAAAGUGUAAUAAACCAGGAGAAGUCACGGCGGCUCGGACUCGCUACGGACAGUCAUCUAAGCGCGCAGGAAUCCUUCUCUACCGAUAUAUCAAAUGCGGAUCGACAUUCUGACAGCAUUUCUGACAUCGCCGCCGAACCUAUUUGCCCUGAGGGCAGCGAAGUAUUGUGUACGGGAGAUGGCAGGGGCAGAGGCAGGGGCAGGGGCAGCUGCGGCCGCGGUCGCGGUCAGUCGCUCGAAGUCAUCCCGGGAAUGAGGAAAACCCGCCAUCAUGUCCAGCCUCGCGAACGUAGCGCCAGUCCAAAGCAGGAUUUUUCUGAUGCAUCGGCAAGUCCCCAGAGCCUCACCAUCUCUAGAUCGUACAGCCAGACAACGAGGAAGAGUAUGAACGACGCCCGUAAAGUGACGGGUUCGUUCAAUGUUUGAAUGGAGCAACUAAACACCAAAGAAAUCACACUUUUAGAUUCUCCCAAACAUUGAACGUUCGAAAGACAGAAUCUGAAAGAAUGUGAAAAGUGAAAAAGAGGGGAAAUCCAAGAAUGCAAAAAGGUGCCAGAUGGAAGUCUGAAACAAUUCCAAAAAGUUUGAAAGAGAAAGGAAGGAGAAGAAUAUUGGAGAGUGUGUAAGAAGCACAAGAUGGGCAGAGAAAUAUCUAAAAGAAUGCGUUAAAAGAUGAAGGAAUGUAUUAAAAAAUCUAAAAGAGAAAAUAAGAAAAAACGUCCGAUAGUGUAACAAAAUCGGGAAAAAUUCUGAAAGAAUCUUGCGAAAAAUCCGAAAAGAAGAAUAUGGAAGGAAUGCGAAGAUGGAAAGCGUGCUGUAUUGAAAAAAAAAAUUUUUUUUUGAGAGAAUAGAAAGAUUAUGAUACGAUACGUCUAUUCGAAGAGUACGUUAGAAGCGACUUUUGUAUCGAUUAUUCUAUUUAUAGGUGCCUUAAAAUUUCCGCGGAAAGAUCCGACAGGUCUUGACUAAGGAUUCAAGAAAAAGUAAAAAAAUGUGUCUUGUUUCUUAUUUUACCUCGUUAAUUAAUUUAUGCCAAUUUUCCGUGCCACUGAGUUUCUGUGAUACGAGGCAAACAUCCUUUUUCUUUUGCAACGCUAUAAUGUAUAAAUUUUUAGUUGAUAUACAGCAAUGGAAGAUACUUUGUAAAUAAAGAGCGAUUUCGUCAUUGUUA